GAUCAGUUCGAAGCAGCUAAAUAGCUCUCUCUCUGAACAAAUAUGAUUUGGUAGCAGACUACAGCUUCAAAGAGCCUGUGAACAGCAAGUGGUCUGAUUCUAUUAUUUACCUGCAUUGCCUUCUUCUUCUACAAUACACAUAACAAUGGACUUAACUGUAUCAUUUCAUUAGAGGAAGGUAAUCCUGGAUCAAAGGUUCUUGUGAGAUACAAUGAAGCCGCUAGCCAUCUAAUAUUGGCCUUUCUCUCUUGUCUCUAGUUGAUGACCAGAGUUUGAGGCAUCAGGAGCCAUGUCGGACUGGCUGUUCAUUGGACUGUUUGUGGCACUGGUUAUACUUCUGCUGCUGACGCUCUUCGGCUUUGCUGUUUAUUCAGGGAUCUUCUCAGAAGUGGUGGUUAGUGCUGGUUUGCCCCCCAUUGGCAACAUCACUGUGGCAUACAAAUUCCAGGUGGGGCCUUAUGGUGACUGUGGGAGGCUGUUUACGGAGAGCUGCAGCAUCUCUCCAAAGAUGUGCUCCAUUGCUGUCUACUAUGAUAAUCCUCACACGGUGGACCCAGAGAAGUGCCGCUACCUGGUGGGUACUGUCCUGAGUGAAGGAGAAGAGAAACCAUCUGAGCAAGUGGUCCGCAUGUUCCAGAAAUAUGGUUUCAAGAUUUUCCACUUCCCAGCUCCAAGCCACGUAGUCAUGGCAACCUUUCCCUACACUACUCCGCUAUCCAUCCAUUUGGCAGUGAACCGUGUCCACCCAAGCCUUGAUACUUACAUCAAGGAGCGGAAACUAUGUGCUCAUCCCAGAAUGGAGAUCUAUAAAGGUGACAAAAUCUAUUUUAUAUGUCCCCUUGCACGUCAAGGGGAUUUCUAUGUGCCUGAAAUGAAAGAACUGGAGAAGAAGAGCAGGGCAGCAGCAGAGACUGAAGAUGCCCAGACAGAUAUCACAGGGGCCGAAAGUCUGAGCGAGACCAGCUCUGUCAGCCUGGAGAUCACAACCGACAGCAGGGAGACUUCAGUGGCUACCUCCAUCUUAUCCCCUUUCACACCUGGCCGUGGCCGAGAUGAGGUAGACAAUCGCAGUGAGCACAGUUACAGUGAGUCAGGGGCCAGUGGCUCCUCCUUUGAAGAACUGGACUUGGAAGGCAAUGGUGAGGGUGAUGGAAUGGCAGGUCUGUCUGCUGACCACAGUUCUGCUGAAGAUCAGGGCCCUCCCAAGGCCAAGUGGACCAAGGAGCUUAUUGCCCUGGAGAAAGAGAAGGGUGAAGAAUAAAAAGUCACCUCUUUUCUCAAGUUUCUUAGGGAUGCAAAAGAGAAACUGAUCAUCUCUCUUGUUUCUUUUCUGUCCCACCAAAAGAUUUUGGUCAUUAAUCCAUGUUGAGACCUGUCCCACUCUUUGUCUGGGGUGUAAUAAAGGAGCAGUUGCAACUAAGGGAGAUUUUAACAGACUCCUGCAGCCAGACUCAAGGAUAUGUGCUUUAACAGGAAGCUGGGGGUGGCAUAAAGUGAAGCAGUGGCAGAGAACGUGUGCGUCCAUGUGUAUGUGUCCGAGAGAGAGAGAGACUGACCAAGUAGGAUUUGACAUGGGCUAGUAGAUGUGUGGGUUUUCAUGGGUUGUCCUGUCAGUCCGUUUGUCAUCUCGUUUCCCCUCUUCCUGCAUGUCAUUCUAUUAAUCUCCCUAUCAGUUUGUUUCUCUGCAACUGGAACACUUUUACUGGCAACAUACUUAUUCACAUCAGACAACAGUGAUGAAUUUUGAAACUGAAAACAACAUAGAGUAAGUCUUUAAAUCUUAGGAUGGUAUUUGAGCUUCCCCAAUCAGUAAUACAAUUAAAAGAUAACCUUUAAAUUAUAAAGGUUUUGGACCAGGGCUACUAUGAUCCCAAUUUCUCACCUUUCCCACUCUUCCACAUUUGUUGUACUGCCCACUUUCACUGUCUCUCUUUCAGACACUGCCUGACCGUGGAAAGAAUUAGGUUCCUCCUAGUUAGAGCUGCUGCACUUUUGAGCAUCUGCUGGUGGGGAUGGCAUUUGAAAAGUUCUUUGUCAAGACUUACAUGGAAAAGAAUCCAUGUGAGAGAAACAGCUCGCCAUGUCGCUGUCAAAGGUGUCCUCUUCCCAUAGCAAAGAGGCUAUGAAAGUGUCUCAGCACAAGGAAGCAAUUGAACAACUGAAGUGAUGCAGCCGCAGCUUCCCUGUGCUGGUCUUCCGAGGCUUUGGCACGGUGGUACUUCACUUUCAGAGCAGAAAAUUCAUGUAUUCAGUGUUGUGAUGUAGCAGGUUUGCAGUGGUAUCUCCAACAUAACCAUAGUGGAUUUGAUGUAUGCCUGUCAUGGAAGUAACUGGAUACUGUGAUUUGUAGCUGGAGACUAACCCGGUGGUUCAUAGCUUUUUAAAACAAUGUAGACUAAUUUCUUGUCUUAUUUCUGGCUGUUUACCAGGUACAAGUACUUACAGGGGAAGCAAGUUAUAUGUUCUGUCCCUAAGUCAGAUAAAGAAUUCCGUCAGCUGGUUUUGAUUGUAAUCAUCGAAGGACUGUUGGUAUCUUCAAAUUCAGGGACCCUUAGCCCCUGAACUGGUCAUCCGGGCAGAAUGCACAAAGGCUAUAGUGUGCACAACAAAGCUUUCGACAAUACAAAGCUUAUCUAAUUUCUGUGUGUGCCAGGAACAAAAGUACUUAGAGCCUUUUUAUAUAUUCAAACUAAUAUACUUCAUUUCUUUUAAGAACUCCAUUUCUGGUCAGGAUAGAAUAAGAUGGAGAAGAGGUGUGCCUAAAAGUUUGGAUCCAGUGGCACCUUUCAGACCAACAAACCUUUUUCUCUCUGCUUCAGAACUAACCCAUCUGAAUCUGUCUUCACAGAGGUGUGCGUGCGAGAGGAGAUGUAAGAAGAAUCAGGAAGGAAGGAAGGAAGUUUCCUGAAAAAAAAUCAAUCUACACAUCAAAAGGAUAGUGUCAGAGCAGUAGAGAAAGGAUGCCCGGUGCCUUAGCCCCUCUGUCUUUCUGACUCUCUAGUCAAGUGUCCCUCUGAAGUCUGAGGUUAAGAGACAGCACAAAGUCCAUCACUUCCAACAUGGAGAAGGUCCUGUCAUUGAAUUAUUAGCUGUUUCUCAGUUAGGUCAAACCUGCUUUUUUAUGAUUCCUCAUUGGAGCUCCGGACCAAACUUCUCAUGGACAUGACUCUGGUGAAAUUCCUGGAGUGAUUUGAUAAGUCCCAUGCCAAAUCUUUAGAAUUCCCAGAAUUUCAUUAUUAUAGUUUGAGGAAGUCACUAAAGCAGCAGAAGGAAGAAAAUGUUGAGAUGUGCAUUUUGGGAGGGAGAAACUAAAAAGUUAUGAUCUUCCCCACUGCAUUCUUUGUUUUGUUUGCACCCUCCUGUAGAGGUCUUGGAUCAAUUGCUCGCUCUGUUUCUUAAUGGAUUUGGAUCCAUACUGUGGACAAAGAAGUUCGACAUUCAGCCACCUUCAGCCCUGCCUUCUUUCCAAGCAUUGACUAAGCCUGUAGUGAAAUCAAUGGGAUGCAAUGUUAGACCGUUUUCCCUUGGGCUGCCUGGCCCACAAGGCUGCACUGAUCCAUCCCCAAACAUUCACCAUUGAUUCCUUGCUUUCCUCUUUGAGCUCUUGCUGUUACUGUCUAUAAGACCUAUUUCUCUUUUGGUUCACUAUUUCCCCAUGUUAAAAUCUAUGUUCAUGUUUCCCCCAAUUCUGGUUUACAUUGACAUCCAAAUCAGUAGUUCCACUUUAGCUUCAGUGCCCCUGAAAUCCAUAGUCACUUAUUCAAUAUGUGAGGAGCUGGAGAUGUACCAUCCUUUGUGCUUGGAUUCUGCAGGUGAAUGUCCACAUGUUACUCAGGAGGCUUUCUGAUCCUACUGGUUAUUAAUUCUUCCUGUGGCGCUGUACACCUGACAUUCUGUGAAUUACUUAAAUGAGCAUCUUUCCAGCUGCCCCAUUCUGGCACUCAUUGGCUUUCUAUGGGCAUAUUGUAGACCACCACUAAGUAAAGCUUCCAAACUGCCAGCACAGUACUAGCAGGUGUUCCCAGAGGCUUCAUAUGCUUUCACAACUUAUGUAUAUUUGUUCAUAGUACCUCUUUAUAUGUGUAAAUGUGCAAUUGUGUGUCGCCUUGGGCAUAUGUGACAGUCUGUGCCUGUUCAUUGUGUCCUUUGAUCUGUAUAUACCAGUGUUCAUAUACAUGCCUGUCUGUACACAUACAUAAUCGCUCUCCAGCAUUCUGAGUAGAAAGGUGCUAUUAGAGUGCAGGGAAAGUAAGGCAAGCACAGCAGGAGACAUUUAGACAGACCUAUAUUGUGCCUUUCUCUGGAUUUCAUAGACAGAUAUAAAAACAUUGUUCUUUCUUUGCUUUGCUGCAAGGGAGAGCGGGGGAGGGAGGAGGUAAUUUUUCUUCAUCUUCACUACUUCUUAUCUGUGAAUUCUGCUAUCAUAGAAGCUAGAACAGUGUGGGAAUACUCUGGACAUCUAUGUGUGCAUACAUACAACACUGACAACACUGUGUUGUGUAUCAUUUCUUUCUUAUUUCCCCGAAGAGAGAGAGAGAGAGAGAGAGAGCUCCAUUGUAUGUAUAUAAGCCAAUCUCUGUGCUCAUAUGCAUAACCCCCUUCAAGCAUAAAUUAAUGUGAUUUUUUUGUUAAUGGUACUUCAUACAGAUAUGUCUGAAUGAGACUGGGCAGACAUGUGGUCCAGCCUUCUGCUGAUAAGUAUUUACUUCAUGAUUUAUGUGCAGGAUGACUCUCACAUCAAAAUCUUGCAUAUGAUAAACAACCAUGGCAAAGAGAGAAAUGUCACUGAAUGCAGAAUACUUGGUAGGAUUUGCUCUUGCCUUCUCCCAGGCACGCAGGCUUUCCAUUUACAGGGAGAUUUUGGCAAGAGAUAGGUUGUGCUCUGCUUAUGUGGAGAAGCAUAUCCUGUGCCAGCCUGAAUAUCUCAGCUGGCUCCUGCCUGCAUAAGGUGAGAACCUUUGAACUAUGUCCUUAUGCAGAUAAGAAAGUCCAACCUUUACUUACCUGUAUGUGCACUGUGGAAUGUAAGCUUUCCCCUUUUCAACCUCUUCCCCCAUGAAUCGGCCUGAAGUAUCAUUGGGAAUGGAUUAGCAGUAUGAACAAAGCUAUUUUGGACACCAUAGAGAUACCAAGUAGUAUGUAAAUCUGGAAUAUCAAGGAGAACCACUGUGUAUGCCCUGGGUUAAGAUGAGCCACUGCAGCAAAAAAUUGCCACAAAUAUGGAAAGCAACCCUUAUUAGAUAUUUAUAGAUAAUGAUAACAAUUCUAAGCCACCUAUUCUGGAACAAUCCUUCUAAUAUGACUUCUGCAAAUGUAAGCAGUGUUUGUAUUCGUGAGUAAAUAUUGACAUGUUCCCAUUAGUUGUGGCUUGAGUGUACUGAUCAGGUGUUCAAUUUGAUGAAUUGAGCAUAUUGGCUACUCUUUCAUGAAUGGACAGAGAGGAGGAGAAUCACCCCAAUUAAAAGUUCCUGUUAAACUUCCCUUAUGUGAAAAUCAUCCAGAAAAUGCUACCUUUGUGCAAAUAACUGUUUAAGUAAGAUUUACACAGCUUCAGCAGAGAUAAGCCCACUGGUAGGAUUUAAAUAAUUUAACAACUGGUUCCGGUGCUGGGAUUCAAAUAAUUUAACAACUGGCUGUUUACAAGUACCACUUUAACAACCGUUUUUGCCGAAGAGGUGCGAACCUGCUGAAUCCCACCACUGGAUAAGCCUCUGACAUGGCUACUUGUCCAUCACAAGAAUACAAAUCCCAAAUGCACUGAUGCUCUCAAAAAUAAACAAGAAUCUAGUGGCAGUUGAAAGACUAACAUGCUUUUAUUCCUGAAUAAGCUUUCAUAGGUUUAGAAAUCUCUAGUCCACAGAAGCUUAUGGUAUAAUAAAGUCUUGUUAAUCUUUAAGGUGACACAAGACUGCUUUUCUUGAAACAGAUUAACAUGGCUGCCCCUCUGGAAUUAUCAUCAUUCAUGGAAGUCCCCCAGCUUUCAUCUUUAUGAGUGACCUAUCCUUUUGCAGACUAAUAUUUUAGGAUAUGCUCCUCAAUUCAGAAUUGAAUUGAGAUAAAGAACUCUUUGUGUUACAUGCCAGCAUUCUCUACUCCAGUCAAUAGAGGGAGAUCUUCACUAUGUUGUGUAUGUGAGAGUGAGAGAGACCUUGCCUAAUAGUGUUUCCUGACUGCCUGAGGCAUUCUUUCACACUUCCCCCCCCCCUCCCUUCCCAGAAAAAUUGAAUUGCCAGGGGCAUAACUGGAACCUGCUCUUAUUAGCCAGCUGUCUGGCAGUCUUUUCUAAUGCUCUGCUUGUUCUGUGGCUGGCUUGGCAUCUCAUUUUUUUGUACUCACGGUCACUGUGAAGGGAUUUGGGCGAUAAAUGAAAUUGCCAUCCAACUGUAGUAAAACAUCAGAGUAUCCCAAGAACUACCAAUGUUUCAUCUGUUCCAUUUUAGUCAGAACAGAUGCUGUUUUUGCUGCGACAGUCAGUUACAAGUGCAUUGUAGCCUACAACUGGAAUAGAAACUAAUGCUACACAAUUAACAAAUAUGGGCAGAUCAGUGCAGCUAGACAGAAUGGCAGGUCUUUAUUACUGUUGCCUUUUGAGAGGUUUAAGAGCUACAGCAGCUUUCCUGUUCCUUUUUUGGGACUAAGUUUCCUUUGCUGUCAGCAUCUCACUUCCAUAAUUAGCAUCAUACUGCUGCUAAAAUUCUCACUCUGUUUUGAAAGACCUGUGGGACCUGCUCAGGAUCUCACAAGAGUCUGGUCAUUUAUCUCAAUGAGGAUGAGUUAGUGGGUAAGAACAGCCACGGAGUCCAGAAAUCCAAACAGUUAUUAAGCAGUGUAAUAGGGUUUUUAGGCAGCACAAAAUGUAAACAGUGGACUCCUAUAGCUUAAAUAGUGUCCCUGAACCUAAAGGCCUUGUAACAUGCAAUGAAAUAUUUUGUUCCUUUUAAAAAUGGCUCUGGUCAUCUAAAUUCAGUGGGUUUUGCUUUAUUGAUUUUUUGGAGGGGGCACGUAGCUUUCUUCUGAGCCUCCUUUCUUUCACUACUGCCACUUUGCCAUUUGGCAUCUUUUCAGCUUUUCAACUAUCCUCAAUAGUAAGAACAAGGUGGAAUGUUUUCCCAAUCUCUUCAUUCCAAUCCCCACCCCAGUGGGUCCUGAUGCAAUACUAAAACUCCAACCAACCAGAUCUUAGUUGCCAUUUCCUCUCCCACCUUAUUCCUUUUUUUUUCAAAGCUAGACAAGCACUAUUUCUUAAUUACACAAUAGCAAUCAUAUGUAGAAAUCUAAAUAAGGUUACAAAUCCAAAGUUUCAAUCAUCAAAUAGUUGAUAUGUCAGUGUUCCUUUUCUUGUUCACAGAGUUUUGCACAUUCGUUGUGUAAUGUUCUGAAAGUGGAAUUUUCCUGGAUGGUCAAAUAGUGAGGUUUAGUUUUGCUUGCUAAUAUAUAAAGCAGGAUAAACAUUUUAGCAAACUGGUUGGCAAAUCUUGAAUCUCAAUGGAUCUCAAAUCUGGUUUUGCUUUACAAGGUUAAGCAUCUGUCACUCACUUUUGUUCCCAGCAUUUGGAUACCAGUGCUUGGAAGCACUUAAAUUAGAUCUGGAAUCCUUCAAAUUCCUUUCAGUUUGACAGCAAAACAUAUGCAAAUUGCAAACUUGUCUGUGAACUUUAGUUGGCCACCAGCUAUAAAACUUCUGUAACAAACUUCUGUAACAAAAUUUCUGUGAAACAGACUUCCCUCUGUGAUACACCUCUGAAGAUACCGGCCAUAGAUGCAGGCGAAACGUUAGAAACAAGAUCCACCAGACCACCAUCACAUAGCCCAGAAACCCACCACAACCAGUUGAAUCCAGCUGUGAAAGCCUUCGACAAUACAUUCUGUAACAAAGUUUAUUUGGGUUUUGUGUGUGGAACAGUUCGUAGCCAUGAAUUCAGUCAUUACCAUACACAAUAAGUAUCAUUCAGAACUAAUGAGAAUGGUGUGUGUGUGUGUUUGGUUGUGUGCAUGUGCAGAAAAAGAGGUACGAUAUUUGAAUCUGAAGGGCCUCCCUGAGCAAACAGCCUUUGCUGAAGAGCCAGAAGAAGUGACGAUUUAGUACUUGUUGGUUGUUAAGAUACCUGGCGGAGCUGCUAGACAAGUUUGCUUUUAGUUUGGUCCUGAAGUGAGAAAUUUUGUUCUGUUACGUAUUUAAUUGCUAUUUUGGAAUAAUGUAUAAGACUUUAAAGUGGUCUGUGUACCAGCCUGGUUUAGACAUAGAUGUUGGGAAUGGGGGGAAAAAUUUCUUGUUGCAAUAAAAAAUGGCAAAUAAAAAAAACCAAGCCCCUAUCCUCCACAC